GUGCUUAGGCAGUGCAUGGACAGAUGCAGACUGAGAGAAGACGGCGGCGAAACCAGCCGCACAUUUACGGUGGCGAUGCUGUGCGGUUGUGACACAUCCUCCCAGGAGUGAUGGGCUCUAAGUUGACCAGACAGAGAAGUCUCGAUUUUGAUAGCAAAUUGUCAAAAAGGAGACGCCAGAGGAAUGAUAUUCCUGGAGAGAGCGAGAGGAGUGGCGGCAGGAGCGGAGACUUCUUGUUUACCUCCCUGAUGCUCAAGUCCGACAAGCUUCCAGGGAUGCUGCGGAAAACCAACCACAGCCCAUAUGUCAGGCGGGUGGCUUGGGUCCGGGAAAUCCAGAGGCUUCUCCGAGAGCAGAAGAUGGAGCAAGCGGCCGAAGUGCUGAAAGUGCUGAGAAAGGAUUUGGGACUUCAGGGAACGUCACUCAAUGACAUUUUGUACAAAAAUGCAGCGUUUCUAAACCUGGUGGACCCCAUUUCCCACGAGUUGCUGCUCAGCCUUGCCCGGGACCUGCAGUGUCCAAAAAGGGAGACUGACUCGUUUAAGUCUACUAACAAGAUAUGUCGCCAACUGAUUUACCACCUGACCCCUCACUCCAAGUGGACAAGACAGAGCGUGCCCAGGAGAAAGUCCCAGGCCUGCCUGAAGACCACGCUGAAAAAGAAGCUUUCGGGAGACGUUGUCAACCUCUCGGGAAUCCCGCUCUCCGGCCGGGAUGUCCACCGCGUGGCCUUCUACCUUCAGAGCAGCAGUGACAUGGUGUCCGCCGUAGACCUGAGCUUCACUGAACUGCAGGACGACAGCUUACGCAUGCUGCUGCCCUACCUCAGCUGCUUGCCGAAACUCACCAUACUUGCUGUUAAUGGCAACCGUCUGACAGCGGCCAUCCUGAAAGACCUGACAGAUGUAAUGAAGGAGCCCAAGAAGUUCCCCACGCUAGCCUGGAUUGACUUGGGGAACAAUGUGGAUAUCUUCACCAUCCCGCAGCCGCUGCUCGUGGCGCUGCGGCGCCGCUUCGGUUUACGCAGCAGCCUCCCCACCAUCUACGAGUACAGUGAGGCGCAGGCUUUCGGUAGCUAUAACCCGAACAUGGAGACCUCUGUGGAGGAGCCUAGUCUGUACGAGGAGGGAGAUAUAGUAGAAGAUGAUAGAGAGGAGGAGGAGGAGGAGGACAGACUGGAGCUUCAAGCCUGGGGCUUUGGAGAAGAAAGCAUGUCAAAAAAUGUGCCGGUGCACUUCUGUGGGAGGUGAUCACCCAGAGCUGCUUUCUUUUUGACUGGCAGCCUUGCAUAUCCCUCUGUAUCACCUUGCUCCUCCUGCGUUAGCCGAUGUCAGUGUGGUAGAAGAUGCUUACAGUGACCCACACGUUUCUGAAAAUAACUUUAAAAUAAGUAAAUGUGCUGUGUGUCCCUUUGGAUGCUCUGACUACUGAAAUUAAAUGUGAGAAUAUGCUUGUGGACUGAUUUAUCCUUCAUUUAUCCAGGGGAGUCUGAACUGAUCCAGCUUCCAGUGCUUCAUCUUACUGAAGUUGUGUGCUUGUCCCACUUGGAAGCUGGAGCAGCUGUGGAUUAAGUGCCUUCCACGAGGGCACAUCAGCAGUAGCUGCUGAGGAAGAGGGGAGUGUUAUUAAUUCACUUUCUCUAAGCACAUCCUUUCUUUUUUCCAUUCCUUGCCUGAAUAUGUCAGGGUCUGAUAUAUAUGUAAGUAACUAUAUAUCCUGCAUAGGAAACACUUAAGAAACAGGAACAUUUAACUUACUUAGAGAAGAAAGAGUAUGGAAA